AUGGAGGCGGCUAUACUCGAGUGGGGAAGCAACGGCGCAGCGUGCGGCGAGCAGCAAGGGAGACGACGAGCACUCGUUAGUGGCAACCUGGUCACAGAAGAAAGAGGAAGGGAUGAUGAUGUCCUUGCGCAGUUCCGCGCGACGGCAGUGGCGCAAAGAGAAGAAGGGGAAGAUGGUUUUUUUUUUGCUGUUAAAGAAGUGUCUUUGCUUGAUCAAGGAACCAAUGCCGAGCAAAGUAUUCUUCAACUUGAACAGGAGAUUGCACUUUUGAGCCAGUUGGAACAUGAAAAUAUAGUUGGGUAUUAUGGCACAACGAAGGAUGACGCAAAAUUAUUUAUCUUCCUGGAACUCAUGACAAAAGGCUCUCUUGCAUCCUUAUAUCAAAAGUAUCCCCUGCAAGAUUCCCAAGUUUCAAUAUACACCAGACAGAUUCUAAAUGGCUUAAAGUAUCUUCAUGAUCGGAAGGUCGUCCACAGGGACAUUAAAUGUGCGAACAUAUUGGUUGACGCAAAUGGCUCUGUGAAACUCGCUGAUUUUGGAGUGGCAAAAGAGAUGUCCGAAUCCAAUCAGCUGAAUUCAUUCAAAGGCAGUAUAUAUUGGAUGGCUCCUGAGGUUAGUUGCAUGUACUUUUUUACUAGUGUAUAGUAUACAGUGAGUUUUCAUGAGAAACAAGUCGAG